AUGUCCAUAGUCGGCGUCAUCUCCUCGCCGCGUGGCUGUGCCGGUGCUUGUGAAGGACGGCAAGCCGUGCGGCUCGGGCGAGUCCUCGUCUCCAGCCCACUGCGCAACCCCCACCAGCUACCCCGCGCCGCAGCAGGCCGCCUGCAGCAACCUCUCCUACCGCCAGCCAGCCGCCUACCAGCAGCAGUGCUCCGGCUACCUGCCGCUCCAGGGACGAGCCUGGUAGAAGUUCCCACAGCUUUACCACGAGACAAUGUUCAAGGAGGAGAUGUACUUCGAUUGAUGAGGGAGCUGAUCGUACGUACCUACGGGAACAUUGUCACUGGUAAAGCGGUGGAACAGUCUGCCGUGAGUGACGCUUAG